UAUCCGCUUGUUUGUCUUUGUUUUUAACUUUAUCCACAGGACGUAUCUCAGUUGCAGACGGAUUCAUAUCAUACAGAAUGGAUAGUCUUUUCACCUCAACGACGGUUCUUCUUUCUCAAGACUUUUUAGAGAAACAUUCAUUCAAAAUAAUUCAAUCAAAACUUGCUAAGCUUAGACUGGUCACAGGAGUUCAGUUUUCAAAGAAUAACGCAAUACAUGGAAACUGGGAGCAAAUUAAUACGGCGUUUCAUUUCCUCCAACAUUGGGAUGAGUUUCCGGACCAUGAGCCCAGUGAUGUUUCAAAAUCAAAGCUGAAUGGUUUGUGCAAAUGCAGAGACAUUCAGAACUUACCAUCUACUAACAAAGAAAAAGUGUAUUGCACAAAUAUAUACUCUGCAUCAGUUAAAAAGGAUAUAGAAACUCUUAGAGAUGAUUUACUGCAAAGGAAAAACACUGAACAAUGUAUUGAAAACAAUCCAUCAAAAGAUACCAAAAAGUGGGUGAACAUUAAGAUUCCAAGUGUAAAAUGUGAAUCUACCAGAGAAAGUGAAAGAAUAGCACUUAAACAGACACCAGAAAGAAAUAGCACACUUAGGGGAGAAAGUCAUGCUGAAAUAAAAGAUUUGUCUGUGACUGAGAGCUAUGUAAAUGACAACAAGUGUACGGAAUUAUCUUCAGGGGCUUUAGCUGAUACUGGCAGUGCUUUGCUUGAUGACAGUUAUUGUAAUUUUUCAGAUGGAACAUUAACAGCAUGUCCAAACACUUAUUAUAUGAAAGCGUGUGAAGGUGAUAAUUGUGAUGGUAGUUCAUGUGUCAAAAUUGAUUCCACUAAACGAGCCCAAAAGAAGAGGGACAUCAAGAAGCCAGGUGAUACUGGUUACUGGAGCAGAGUCAAAAGAAGCGAUAACCAUUUAGAGCAUAUCUGUUCUGAAUGUGGUGUCAUUCUAAAAUCAAGGAAAAGAUAUAAUGAGCACAAGCGCAGGAUGCAUAAAAAAGACUUCAAGUGUGAAGUUUGUCUUAAAGGGUUUGGUUAUCCCUCUGAUCUGGCCAAGCACAAGUGCCCUGGAAAACCAGAUGUCCAAAGUCAGAGAGAAACUAGAUGUACCAAUAAAACAAAUGGGGAAAAGCACAUCAAGGAACAAAAGCAUCCAUGUCAAGAAUGCAGCUUUAUUGCAUCAACUGAGGCUAAACUAGAAGUGCAUGUAAGAAGAAAGCAUAAUAUAGUGUUUGAGUGUGGAGAUUGUCUGGAUUCUUUUUUAGAUUCAAAAAGUUUGAAAUCACACAUUGAUUCUGUUCACAGAGAAAAUAUGUACAUUUGUGAAAAAUGUUCCAAGUCAUAUAGAUCAAAAUUUUGUUUUGACAGCCACCUCAAAAGUCAUGAAAAGGAUUAUGUAAAACCAAACUUUCUAUGUGGUCUUUGCCGAAAAUCUUUUACAACAAAAUAUAUUUUGUCACAACAUACAAAAUCAUCACACUUGGGAGUCAAGAUGUCAUACCUUUGUCCAGUUUGUGGAAAGAAAUUCCGUCAGCGAAGCUCAUUCAGGCAACAUAUGAAUGUUCAUAAUGGUGUUACUCCUUAUAAAUGUGAAACUUGUGGCAGAGCUUUCACAUAUCACAAAUCACUUCGUGAACAUGUUUUCAUGCAUGACAAUAUUCGGAGAUUUCCUUGUGAUAUUUGUGGGAAGAAAUUCAGGCAAAGAACAACACUGUACAUUCACAAAAAGACCCACAACACUGUCAAAGACCAUGCCUGCAAAGACUGUGGUAAAACCUUUGCUCAAAGACAGGCGUUGGAAAGGCAUAGAAGAAUUCAUACAGGAGUUCGCCCAUACAAAUGUCUUGUGUGUUCAAAGCAGUUUAGAGAUUCGUCCACUAUUAGGCGUCACAUAAUUUCCCUUCACCAGACACAAGAAACUAACUGGCGUUCCAGUGUUUCAUAUGCAGCAAAGAAAAAGUCUGACUAUUAUAUAACUGGUGGCCCGUACCAAAACCGGACGUAUGACAACACAACGGAAAGUUCAAACAAUACCUCAGUUGAAUUGGCCAAUGACAACAACUUAAGUGAUGAACCUGAAAUUUUUCAUGCUAUCCCGAUAAAUUCACAGAACUCGCAAGGAUUGAUACUCUCUGAUCAGAGGAAGACAAACGGUCAGGCCAGUUUAUUACUGCAAGUACCUCUACAAGCAAGCAGUCAUUCAUUUACUUGGAGAACUAUACAGAGCGAUGAAUCAGUAGCUAACAUGUAUAAUGCCUUACCAAAUUCUCACAAUGCUCUUUCUGAAUCCACAGUCACUACUGUGAGCAAUAGUACCGAUCUAGUCCAAUCGAUAUCCCUACGCUCAGAUAAUGUGCCAGUGAACUUUGACCAAAUGGUUGACAUAGGCACCAUACAUACUGUGCCACCAGUGUCUGCCAAUAUAGAAACGGAGAAGGGGCAUGUUGUACCCACAUUUGUACAGUUGCAGCCCUCGCUUCAGCUUCUGAAUCAGAGACAGACAGAGGACACCGCAGACACCACUAUUUUGCAGCCUGCAACGUUCAUACCAUUUUCGUAUUUCAGAACAAUAGAUACCAACUCAAAGACUAACUGACUUGACUUAGCGAUAGAUAUCAUACAUAUUGCCUACAGAUGACACCGCGCGGAACAAUUCUUAUGAUAGCCAAAGCUUAAAAAAUUAAAACAAAUUAUUUCGACAACAAUGGACGUAAAUGCAACAAAUCUAAUCAUUCUGGCAUAAUGUGUCAACCGAGCAAAUGUUUAAUUAGUGGCGCGCUUGCACAUACAUUUACGCACACAUGUUACAGUACCUUAGUUUUAGGCUGACUUUGAAAUACCAAGUGGGGCGAGGGGGGGUUCGUGGGCUCGGAUUAAAUUAAUUUGACAAGGAGGCAAUGGUGUUACUGACAUAAAUAAAACUAAAUGGUGAUCUAUAGAUAUUAAAUAUGUAUGGAAUUUGUUUCGAAUGUCCGUGUUCAUGGGUGUGAGCUAGUGUAUAUUCGUACAUUCAGACAGUUUGUCUCUUUAAGAAAUUGAUUAUUAUUAUCUUCAGUGAUCGCAUCAGUCAGGCUGACUAUUCUCGCGAUAAAGAUAAACUACAUGUGUUUUACUCGUUUGUAAUUAUAAAAAGUGUCUAUAACAUUUUUAUCGAUAUAUUGUGUGCCAUCUGGGAGUAAAGUUUAUUAGUCCCAGGUAUAAUCGAAUGUCAAAAUGUUUAUAAGUAAGUGUACAUUUUUAAUUAUAUACACGUUAUUUGAAGUAUUAUUAUGUGUAUACAUUGUCAUAUCUACAUUUAUAUUAAACGAUUUUUGUCGUUAUUUUAACAUUUUUCCUUGUUUAGAUGUUGUAUUUUAUCGUUAUUACUAGCGCUUUCUAUCAUUUUGAUCAGUUACACAAUAAAUUUAAAGCUAAGAACUUUUUGUUGAAAAACGAAUUCAUAAUAUUGUUUUACCACAUUGUUCAUAUAUUACGACGCGUUCGAAUAAAGAAAUCCAAUUUUGAAAUUUGAAGCAAACGUGGCCUACACAACACGUAAUUAAGUGUAUUUUCGAAGCUCUUCUUUUGAACUAUUUUGGUGACCCUGUCAAUAAACAGGUAACUCACCUGGAUAUUUUGAUUGACAUCCUUCUGUGGAACUAAUGUACAUUAAUA